GAGGAUGGCUCAGAGGCAGCUAUGAUGUAAUCAGGCAGGGAGGCAGAGUCAGAGCUGGAUCCAAGCCGCUCGCCACGGACGCAUCUCUGCAGCGAGGAAACCCGGAACGAAGCCGUCAGGAAGCGGAUUGAGGGAGCAGAUCGGCGUCGGUGGAGGAUGGAGGAUGGAGGAGUCAUGCUGCGGGGGUUUGAUCGGAUCCUUUCUCCUCCUCCGGGGAAGAGGCGAGUGGAUGCGGGAUGCUGCUGGUGAAAUUCCCCAUCUGUCAUCAUAGAUGAUGAUGACAGGAGCUCCGGCUUUCAGCGCAUUCAGGCCCUUCAUUCCUGCAGCUCGGAUCUGAUGCUUUAAGACGGAUCAGUUUCUGUAGCAAACAGACAUCUGCUGCCAGGAUCCAUUUCCCUUUCUGAGAGAUUUUUAAUGCAGACCGUGGGUUUGGUUGCAGAGUCCAUGCAGUAGCUGCCCACUGUGGGCCCCUGUGACUCCACAGGAGCGUGGGGGCUUCUGACCGUCUCACAGGGGGACUGCAGGUCCUUCCAGCUCAGGGUUGAACCAUGGCCAAUGAACCUGUCAUCCUGAACGUUUAUGACAUGUACUGGAUAAACGAAUACACCUCCAAUCUGGGCAUCGGAGUCUUCCAUUCAGGGAUCGAGAUUUAUGGCCGAGAAUUUGCAUACGGCGGCCAUCCCUACCCUUUUAGCGGCAUCUUUGAAAUCAACCCUGGCAACGCUGCUGAACUGGGAGAGACUUUCAAAUUCAAGGAGGCUAUUGUUUUGGGCACCACAGACUUCACAGAAGAGGACAUAGAUAAAAUCAUGGAGGAGCUGGGUAAAGAGUUCAAAGGGAACGCCUACCAUCUAAUGCACAAAAACUGCAACCACUUCUCCUCCUCGCUGUCUGAGUUGCUCUGUGGAAGAGAAAUCCCUCGCUGGGUCAACAGACUGGCAUAUUUCAGCUCCUGCAUCCCCUUUCUGCAGAGCUGCCUGCCCAAAGAGUGGCUAACCCCGGCCGCUCUGCAGAGCCACAUCAGCCUCGGCCUUCACAAAGAAGAGCAGAACGAGUCGAGCGACGAGGACCCUUCGUCGCCGUCCGGGGCGGCUGGCUCUGGCUCCUCCCACAAAUGUCGCCACACCCGGGUCUGAACUCAACCCUCGUCUUCUGAACUGUGGACUCAUCUGUCACUGCUACCGGUGACCUCAGUAGGCUUGAGCAACCAUCUGACCUCAUACUGUUUGGCCUCUGAAUGAAAAGAGAUGGGGUGAAACGAGUCUUCUCUUUAGAGCAGGAACUGCUGACAGACACUUCAGACCUACAGACUCCCCGACAAACUCUGAGACUUGAAGGAUGACUUCAACAGUAAAUAUAGAUCUGAAGUUUGUAGUAUAACAUUCUGAGUCUUUUACAAAAAAAUAUCAAAACCUUUGUCAGCCUUGUUCCCUGCCCUGCCUUCAAAGCUGCUUUUGUAGGAAAAAAAACAUUUCUAGAUAGUAAAAUUACCAGGAAACUGCUAAUCUCUGCAAGUCCUCGAUAAAUAACCUCUAUGUGGCCUUCAGAUGACAUUGCUGAUUCCAGUUUCCUAACAUUUAACUACUCUUUGGCCAAUUUAGAGGGUGAACAGGUCAAUCAGGCAUGGGGGUUGGAGUUGUUAUUUAUUUAAGGGAAAUGUUGCAUGUUAAUAGGAUGUCAGAAAUAAGGCAACUUAAUUGUAAUCUGUAACGAAGUAUGUGACCCCUAAAGAUUUUUUAAUCACAUUUAAAUGAUCAGAAAUGAGUUAUAAUCUAAGUUAUAAUCUAAUCUAAUCCUCCCUACAGUUGCAGAGUUAAUAAGCCAUUAGCUGAGUAACCAGUUUUCUAAUGGUUGCAAACAAUCAGAGGUAAAUGCUUUUAGAACAGCUGCUGCUCAUUGAGCCUCAAGCAGCUCGGUCGUUUUCUCUGACCGUCUCAGAGAAAACGCUAUAGUUGCUCUUAGUUACCAACUACAUUUUCUGACUACUCUUUUUUUAUUCAAAUGAUCUUUAUACUGUAAGCUGCUGAUGGAUAGAAAAUGUUGGUUUCCAGCCAGAAAUGGCUCCUCUUAUAAACUCUGUUUUCACCAUUUGAACUGCAGAAAUAGAGGUGCUGAGAAACAAAAGAGGUGGAAAUCUAUUAUUUUCUAAACUUCAAGAGCCUGAUAUCCAGUCUGUGGUUAUUUUCAGAAUAGCAUUAAGAUUGGCCACAGCUCAACCAACCGUAUUGACUUUUUAAACUGUUUCUUGUUCAUACAGAAAAUCGUGAAAAUACGGAUUUCUUUUUAGAGUUUAUGUGCUGAACUGUGCUUAGUUUAGGAACAGCUGCAUAGGAAGAGAGGCUCCUUAUGGGAGAAGUCUCAUAGUUUAGAGGAUAAAUAAUCAGCUAUAAAGAAAAAGAUUGGUUUUCCCUUUGAUUUAUUUUCUUUGUGAUGAUUAUGCAAGCCAUAGACAUGCUGAAAAGAAGAUGAUACCUUUGGAGAGGGAUGGGCUCAUCUUUCCACACAUCGCAGAUCUGUCCACAACUUGCUUAAACUCUUUUACUCAAAAGUUUAAAAAAAUUCAAAAAAGGAUACAAGUCGAAAUAUUUGCAGUAAAAAAAAUGCUGAAUUGAAACUGACUUGAGAAACACUC